CGAACCGAGAUUCGAAUUCGGUUUCAGUUUCGUUUGAGUUGCUUUUUUUUGUGGAUUUUCUUUGGCAUUAUUUGUUGUGCCAUUUGUAUGGGAAGCAAGGCUGCAGAGGGGGGCAAAGUCUCUUCUUGUAUUGUGUCUGUGUGUGUGUGUGUAAGAGAUAAAUAUCUAUAUCGAUGCGGCUUGUUUUGAAUUCAGUUUCGCAUUUGAAACGCAAGCAAUUUUGCAAGCGAGCGUUGACUGAUUGAGGGAAAUAUACAAAUAAAUAAAAUAUUAUUACAACUUUUUGACGUGUUUUUAACGUUAAUCGCGAUAAUUUUCCGCCAUAAUUUGGUCAAUUAAUUUGAAUGGCGUGCGUGAGAUAAUUUUUCUAAUGCAACAAUGAACAAUUCCAUUAAAUCCGAAAUGAAUUCAUUGCUGCUCGACUAUUCGUCACAUUAACAACUUAAGGUGCUAAUAAAAUAAUAUGAAAUAAGUUGGUGAAACAUAUCCAUUACAAUCAGUGCCAAGGCAAAGGAGUUCAUUGCGUAACCAUAAAAAAAAAAAAAAUAAAUAAAUAAGUUUAACCUCGAAAACGCAACGCGAAAGUGCCAGAAAUCGUGGGGAUCGUAAAAAGUAAAAAGUAAAAAGUGUAUGAAAAGGCUCAUCAGCAAAUAAAAAGCGCCCAUAUGAACCAAAAUCUUCUGUAAUUUGCUCAAUUGGAUGACAGCGGCGACGCUGACACCGCAUUCAGCAGCCAGCCAGAGCCAGUCCGGGCAGCGUGUAUCCAAGAGAUACAUUUGAAUCUUUUUUAACUUGGUUUUGUCAUACCUGAGUGUGUUUAGCAACAAGGAUGGCUAAUUGGAAAUAUUGCUUAGUCACGCUGUUCGCACUUGGCACCCUGAGCAGCCUGGCCAGCGCCUAUAAGGUGGGCGUGGGACGUGCGGACAUAACGGGACCUUCAGUGGAAAUUAAUUUCAUGGGCUAUGCGAACAUCAAGCAGGUUGGACGUGGUCUCCAUACGCGCACCUUUGCACGUGCCUUUGUCGUGGAGGAUGAGAAGGGCAACCGGUUGGCAUUCGUCAGCGCCGACUGUGGCAUGAUGGGCUAUGGCUUGAAGCGGGAGGUGGUGAAGCGUUUGCAGGCACGAUAUGGCAACAUAUACAACACGGAAAACGUUGCCAUCAGUGGCACCCACACCCAUGGUGCACCGGGCGGUUUCUUGAUGCAUUUGCUCUACGACAUAUCCAUUCUGGGCUUUGUGCCGCAGACCUUUGAAGUGAUGGCCCAAGGAAUCUAUUUGUGCAUUAAACGUGCCACGGAUAAUAUGGUAGAUGGUCGCAUCUAUUUCUCGAAGACGGUGCUGCUCAACGUGAACAUCAAUCGCUCGCCAUCAUCGUAUCUGCGCAAUCCGGAGGAGGAGCGUGCCCAGUACGAACAUGAUACGGACAAGACACUGGCCCAGCUGAGAUUCGUGGACAACGAGAACAAUCUGCUGGGUGCCUUCAAUUGGUAUGCGGUGCACGCGACCUCGAUGAACAACACCAACAAGCUGGUCACCAGCGAUAACAUGGGCUAUGCGGCACUGCUGCUGGAGAAGGAGUACAAUCCCAACAAGAUGCCCGGCAAGGGCAAAUUUGUGGGCUCAUUUUGCUCCUCCAAUUUGGGUGAUGUUUCGCCGAACAUCAUGGGUCCCAAGUGUUCACUUUCGGGCAACGAUUGCGAUAUACUCACCUCCCACUGUCCCGCCGGCGAGGGUGAGUGCUUUGCGUCCGGUCCUGGUCGUGACAUGUUCGAGAGCACCCAGAUCAUUGGGCAGCGUUUGGCAGAUGGCGCUCUCAGUCUGCUCAACGAGCAGAGCCAGGAGUCGACGGCUCGCGAGGUGACUGGCGAUAUACGCUUCAUUCAUCAGUUUGUCGAUAUGCCCAAUUAUAAUGGCAGCACUUACAAUCCACUCACCCGCAAGCUGGACAAGAUCAGGGGCUGCCAGCCGGCGAUGGGUUACAGUUUCGCUGCUGGCACCACCGAUGGCCCGGGCGCCUUUAGCUUCGAGCAGGGCACCACCACCGACAAUCCCAUGUGGAACUUUGUACGCGAUUUUAUAGUACCGCCCACCCAAGAGGAUAUCAAGUGCCACGAGCCAAAGCCCAUUCUCCUUGCCACUGGUCGAGCAACUUUCCCGUACGAAUGGCAACCAAAAAUUGUAUCCAAUCAAAUCUUGAAGAUCGGCGAUGUCAUCAUUGCUGCAAUUCCAUGUGAAUUCACGACAAUGGCCGGUCGUCGUUUGCGCAAUCAAAUUCGAGCUGCUGCCUCAGCAGCUGGUGGCAUCGACACGGAGGUCAUCAUUGCCGGCCUGACCAACAUCUACUCCAGCUACACGGUCACCCCGGAGGAGUAUCAGGCGCAGCGCUAUGAGGCUGCAUCCACCAUCUUUGGCCCACACACGCACACCAUUUACAUGGACAUUUACGAGCAUUUGACGAAGGCAAUGAUGCGCAACGAGACAGUGGAUGCUGGUCCUAGUCCACCCUAUAUGAACGAUGUGAUGUUGUCCUUGAACACUGGAGUGCUCUUCGAUGGCCAUCCAAUUGGCACGGACUUUGGCUAUGUGAAGACGCAGCCAAAAAAACAAUAUGGCAUCAAUGACACCGUCAGAGCCACCUUUAUUUCGGGCAAUCCGCGUAAUAAUCUCUUCACAGAGAAGACCUAUUUUACCGUUGAGCGUAAGAUCAAUGAGGAUCGCUGGAAGAUCACCUACACGGAUGCAAGCUGGGACACCAGAAUGAUCUGGCAUCGAACGAAUACAAUUCUAGGCUUCAGCGAACUGGAAAUCGUUUGGAACAUCAGUCCGCAAACUCUACCCGGAGAUUAUCGCAUUCGUCAUUCGGGUGAAUACAAGUACAUUCUCGGUGGCAAAUAUCCGUACGAGGGUCUGACGCACUCAUUCACUGUCACUGAGGAUUAGCAUGCUGCAUGAGCAGCCGAAACAAAUCCGCGUAUUUAUUUACCAUUCAGGAAUGAUGAGGAAAAGCUUUAUUUUAAAAACACAAAUAAAAUGAAUGCCAAAUUUGUUAGAACUUAAAUAAAACUAUUGGGAAAUACUAUAAAAUAGCGUGC